AUGAACCAACAACAGCAACAAAGGCCUCAAGAACCCAUCAAGUAUGGAGAUGUGUUCUCCGUGGGAGGUGAGCUUGCUGAGAAGCCAGUGGCACCAGGAGAUGCUGCAAUGAUGCAAAAAGCAGAGAAUGUAUUAAUGGGGCAGACUAAGAGCGGUGGUGCUGCCUCAAUGAUGCAAUCUGCUGCUAUGAGAAAUGAGAGAGCUGGUUUUGUUAGUCACAGUGAUGUGAAUGAUGUUGCUAGUUAUCAGGGAGUGAGUGUCACUGAGACUGAGAUGCCUGGGAGGCGUAUAAUAACAGAAGCAAUUGGUGGACAGGUCGUUGGGGAAUUUAAUCAAAGGGCUCCAUCAGUGCAGUCACCACCACCAACAUUCCAACAGGGUGAUGGUGGGAUCACUAUUGGUGAAGCACUUGAAGCCACUGUCCUGUCAUGUGGAAAGAAGCCUGUUGAAUGGAGUGAUGCUGCAGCAAUACAAGCAGCUGAAGUAAGAGCCACUGGCCGGACAUCCAUUAUCCCUGGUGGUGUUGCUGCCGCAGCCCAGUCAGCAGCAACCAUCAAUGCCAGAUUGACAAAUGACGAGGAGAAGAAAAACUGGCUGAUGUUCUUGCAGUUAAAAGGACAGAUUGAAAAGUUGGCUAUAUGGAUAGAUGAGGGUAUUAAACCAGAUGCAACUUCAAAGUUACCAACAGAUAAGCCGGCGACUAGAAAAGAUGCUGAAGGGGUGACAGGAGCAGAAAUGAGGAACCAUCCACUCUUGACGACACAUCCCGCAGGUGUGGCUGCUUCUUUGGCUGCUGCUGCUAGGCUCAACCAGCAGAAUGGCACUAAAACUAAGAAAGAGUCCUAA